AUGGGAGCUUUCCUCACUCUGUCCACCUCUGCUGCUGUCAUUCUUCUGGUAAUUCGUGGAGGUUUUUGUGUGGAUAUCAUUGGAGGAAAUGAAGUAGCACCACACUCGAGACCAUUUAUGGCCCUAAUCACCACAUCAAAUGAAGAACCUAUUUGUGGAGGAGCUUUGAUCAAGGAAAACUGGGUGUUAACAGCUGCCCACUGUGAUGUGAAAGGAGGGAAAGUUAUUCUUGGAGCUCAUUCACGGAAAAGAAAUGAAAGAGAAAAACAGGUUUUUCAGAUUGCAAAACAAAUUCGCUACCCAUGCUACUGUUCCAGUUCUCUGGAAAACGACAUUAUGCUUCUGCAGCUUCAGGGAAGAGCAACACUUAACAAAGCUGUACAAGUCAUACCCCUGCCGACUACAGAUGAUGAUCCCAAACCAGGAACAACUUGCACAGUGGCAGGAUGGGGACAAACUCACAAUCGUGUGAGAAAGUUUUCUGAUACCCUGAGGGAGGUCAAUAUCACUGUCAUUAAUAGGCAAAUCUGCAACGACAAAAAUCAUUACAGAAAAAACCCCUUUAUAACAGACAACAUGAUAUGUGCAGGGGCUAAGAAUGGAGGAAAGGACUCAUGUUUUGGGGAUUCUGGUGGACCGUUAAGAUGCAAUAAUGUGAUGAGAGGUAUCACUGCUUUUGGGAAGGCAAACAAGUGUGGUACUGUUGAUGGCCCUGGUAUCUACACUCGACUCACAAAGAAAUACCUUCAGUGGAUAUGGAAAAUCAUAGGAGGAGCCUAA